AAAAAGUCAAGGAGAGAGAGAGAAAAAAAAGAUAGAAAGCAUCUCCAUAAUUAAUCCAUCACUACUCACUAGGCUGAGAAUUCAGUAUUCUCUUCUUCUCCACCACUCACCAAAUAAACAAUUUAGAGGAGAGAGAAAGUGAAAGACAACUAUACAAGAACAUCACUUUUCUACUUUUUCUACAGUACCAAAAAAAGCAGUAUCUCAGAAAAAUAACCCUACUUGAAUGUUCAGUUCCAGAAUAAAGUCUACUUCUAUAAAAAGAAUUGCAUUCUUUGUUACUUCAAGUGUAGCAAUUUGUUAAUUUUGUACAACUAUUAUUGUAUUAUUGUAUUAUUAGAGUGAUAUAAUUUAUACUGUAAGUUGUGUUUUUCGGAAGAUCUAUUAGAUCGAAGAACUGGAGUGGAGAUUGAUUGAGUGUUUUUGAUUCAAUUUGGAGGUGUUGAAAAUCUAAACAAUUGCAUAGAUGUGUUUGUUCAUGAGAGAGUAUAUUUAUCUACACUCAUGCUGAGGACAUGUUGGAACUUACAAGUGUAAUUGAUUCUGAUCCAGCUUGGAAGGUUUUAAAAGGUAGGCGGAGUGCAUCGAGGCGGGCAAGAAAGACAGAUUAUAAAAGCUUAAAGGAUUACACAGGACUGUUCUGCACAAGUUCAAAGGGCUUCAUCAUGCCAGUAUCUGAGAUUGAAAAGCUCGGAGUAUCAACAUCAGGUUGUCACUUCAGUGAGAAGGCACAGCUUGUACCUAUAAAAAAGAGAAGGUUCUUAUUCAGGUCUCCAUCACCACCACCGGAUACUAUUUCUCCGUGCACUGAGGAGUCUGCAGAUCAUGCAAGAACUGAAGAUGCUUCAGAGAAGCUUUCACCGUUGCCAUCUUCUUCUGAUAUCAAAUUGAAUCAGAUUGUUGACAAUGAUAAUAGCAUUGAUGCUAAGAAAUCUGAGAAAUCGAGUGUUAGAUUUGGUGAAGAUGAUGACUUUUCUGGUAUAUCGAUACUUGCAGCUGCCGCUUGCAGUAGCAGUUUGGGAAGAGAUUGUGGUUAUAUGGAGGAUGGUUCAGGCAUUGAAGAGUCUUCAGUGCUGGAGCGAUCUCAUGAUCUUUCUAUUGAUACUGAAGCACGCUCAUCAUCUAAGGGGAUGUUAAACGAAGGCAUUUUCAAUUCUUCUGAAAUGUCUAGUGGACUAACUUCAUCUUGUAUAUACACAGAACCAGUUGGGGAGCUGGCAUCUAUCUCAUCUACUGUAAAUUCAUCUCAAAAAGUUGCAACUGCUGGGAAAGGUGUGAAGGAGGCUUUUAUGGGGGCGGAUUCUCUAACCUAUUCUGGGGAUGCUUCGUUUAGCAAAGAUGAAGAAAUAGUGAGGAGCCAGGGCAUAUCUUCCCGAGAUGUAAGGCUGCAUUGGGACUUGAAUGUUGUGAUGGAUGCUUGGGAGCAGCCUUUUGAUGAUCUAGGUGCACAGGAUAGUGUUGCUCAUAACACUUGUCAUGAUGCUGGGAAAGUUAACCAUAAUGACAACAUGGAAUCACAAGGCCAUGAUUCCAAAGAAAAUCAGGAAACCCUAUAUGUUGGACAAGGCUAUCUUCUGUGUGGUGAACCUAUUGCUUCAGUAGAUCAGAGUUCUGGGGAGAUGAAGGACAAUCAUGAUACCGACGCUUGCCUCAAUCUCGAGCAGCCUCUUUGCUUAAAUGAGAAGUCUCAUCCAUCCAACUCCAACCUUAACCUGGAUGUUAUGAGUUGUAUGGUUGAAGAUACUAAAUGCAGGCAUCAUCAGGGAACUGUGAAUCCUAUUGAUGGGCUUGUUGUUGGUGUCCCUAAUCAGAGGACUCAAUCGACUGCAUCUUGUACUAUAGGUGAGGCUGAGGAUGUUUCUGUGAAGAGUGUAAACUUGAUUGACAAGGGUAUUGGCUAUCAGCCAGUGACGGAGGGCUCUAAGUCAAAUGUCAGUGGGACUUCCUGUGAGUUACACGAUAAUGCAUAUGCUUCCGAUGCUAACUUAGAUGCUGUGUCAGCUGAUACCCAUAUGAGUUUGUGUGUGUCUUAUAGCUCGGACACUCCGAUAGAGGUUAAACAAAACAUAGCAGUUCCAGAAGAUCUGGGGUUAGCUAAAAUCUGUCGUUGGGAAGAAAAUGUUAUCAUGGAGAAUGUAUACAUGAAAACAGUGGAGCCUCUAGAGCUUGCCAAAUUUUCUAUAUCGGAUGAUGAUGGUGGCUAUCCUCGCAAUGAGGCACCCGACUCUGUGUCUAAGAGAUGUGAGCUUCUGGUAGCUUUAGAUACUAAUGUGCAUGAUAUUAGUAAUAUUGAGGAUGGAAACAACAUUAAUAAUAAUGAAAGCACAAAGAAUUUAUCUGAAAUAUCUCAAGUAAUAUGCAAGGAUCCAUCUGAUUCUUACUUCCAUGACACUGGCAAAACUAAAAUGGACAUUUGCUCAAAUUUUACUGACAAUAUUGAUGAUGGAGAGUCUUUUAAACAUAGUAAUGAUGUGAUUGUUGAAUGUCAUCCAGUUUUGGUGGCUGGAACUGAUGCAGCCGGUAAGCUUCAGGAAGAUUAUGAUCCUCAAUAUGAAGAUGGAGAGCUAAGGGAGUCAAGUGGGCGUGCUUUAGACAAAUAUGAUGCUGUGGAUAGAGAAGCUGGAAAUGUGGACUAUGUGUCAAACCACAAAGAAACAUAUACUGCCAAUCCGAAUGAUUACCAUGUUUCUGACUCUGGACAAGUUGAGGACAGAAUCAGUGGGAAACUUGGAACUGGUACUGCUGUAUCCACUCAUGAUUGGACUAAUGAAAUUGAGGUUAACAGGAAAGCUGCUGAAGCAGUUGAAAAUGAUAGGGGACAUGAUGAUGGUAACCAAAUAGAAUUGAGUAAUGUUGGGGGUAAAACGGAACUAACCCAUGGAGAAGAAUCGAUUGAAAGCUGUAAGAGCUCUUCAGAUAUGGAACUUUGUAGUGUAGAAAAUGAUGAGAAAAACAAUGGAACGCCUAGUCAUAUUGAUGGAUCAAUAGAUUCUCGAGGCAUUGAAACAAGAGUGGAACCAGAAGCAUUCAGAAGGGGCUUGCAAUCGCAGAUUGAGGGUCCAGUUGCUCGUGAUUAUGCAUGUAGGGAGGAACGACUCAAGAAUAUGGAGCACAGAUUUGGCGCUGGCUCCAUUAGAUCUUUUGAGAGGGUGCGAUAUCCCUUUCAGAAUCAAGGAAGAGGAUGCAAUAGUGGUAGUUGGGAUGGUCCAUCAGACAGUCACAGAGGUUUCAGGCGUCAUUACUCACCUAUUACUCAUCGACAUUCGAAGCUUGAUGAUGAUGAUGCUGUGGGAAGAGUUGACCAUGGAUGUGUUGGCACUGAAGAUGAUGUAUCAUAUUUUCAACUGCCAGGUCGAGCUGGCAUGGAAGGAGAUUCUUGUGGUGGAUUUCAAUCGCGUGAGAAAGUUAAAAGGAAGUUUAGCCCUGAUAGAGCUGGAAGCUUUGGUCGGGGAAGGUCUUUCAGGUAUGGCCCUUUCGUUGAGGGCAGAGGAGGUAGGGAAAGAUACAAUGGGCCUUCUCCAGAUGAUGGUUCAUCAGACAGUCGUAGAUGUCUCAGGAGUCAUUACUCGUCUAUUGUUCAUGGGCAUUCGAAGCUUGAUGAUGAUGCAGUUGUGGGGAGAGAUGACCAUAGAUGUGUUGGCACUCUGGAUGAUGCACCAUAUUUUCAACAACUGCCGAAAGGUCGAGCUAGUGCUGAAGAAGAUUCUUGUGCUGGAUUUCAAUUGCGCAAUAAAGUUGAUAGGAAGUGCAGCCCUGAUAGGGCUGGGGGCUUUGGUCGGGGAAGGUUUUUCAGGUAUGGUCCUUUUGUUGAGGGCAGAGGAGGUAGGGGAAGAUACAAUGGGCCUUCUCCAGAUGAAUCAUUCUACUCAUCCUUGAAUUAUCGGGAAUCUCUGUCUUGUAGGGAGCGAAGUCUCUCCCCUUUUAGAGGGAGAGGGCAGUCAAAUAUACAGCACUCUCGCAGGAAGUCUCCACCUUGUUCAAGGAGCCGCUCUCCUAUUAUUUGGAAUUCUCCAAGGAGAAGACUGGGGCCUGGAAGUGGUGGGAAUACUUUUCUUAGGCACCGAAGUAGAUCUCCUAAUUUCAGGACUGAGGCCAGAAUGCAUAGACCAAGGUCACCGCAGCAACAGCCUGGUUUUGGGAUUGAUCAUGCAGGGGGUUUUAGGUCGAUUUCACGAAAUAAUUGCUCUCCUCCGCGUAACCAAUGGAUUUCUGCUAGGAAGGAUGAACUGGGUCAUUUUAGAGAGAUAGGUUACAAGCAGCAGAAUUCUGCUCUGGAUAGAUCACCAGGGAGAAUCCGCUUGAGGGACGACAGAGGUAGAGCCGUAAAUUCCCUGCGAAAUUUAAAACCCGAUGGGCAAUAUAGAUUUUCAGAUAGAAUUUCUGAUGAUGCUGGUAGAGGAGCUAGAUAUGAGGAGAGUUUCGAAGAAAAAAGGAAACAUUAUAAUCUCAUUCGGCCUGCUAGGCGCAACUUUGAUGAUGGGAUGUCAAGUAGAUUGCAUCAGGACAUGAAUGAGAAUUUUUCCAUGGCAAAUAGUUUUCGGGAUAGAGAGGCUUCAAGCUUUCAGGACAGAGGGUUCAGGAGUAUGGACAGCCGCAUUGGUGAUGAAUCAAGGAGGUUCAGAGGGGAUAAUCAUUCCUUCAUGUAUGAAAGAGAUGGAAAGUUUAAUCCUAAUACAAAUCAACAUGGGGUUGAUGCGAUAGAUUCAUCACAUAAUCAGAAGUCCGAGGAACAGUAAUGACCCAACUACACUGGAAGAUUUUCUGACAUCAAUUGAGGCAAUAAAGUUAAGAGAAAUUAUGAAUACUGACAAAAACACCAAGGUUCAAUUAAUAUUAAGAGGUGCAGUGAUGAAAAUUUCAAGGAUGAUCCUGUGUUUAGUAGCAGGGUUGCAAUGUUCAGAGAUUGGUAGUUUAUCGACAAGGUUCAGAGAAGACGAGGAUCUAAUCUGUAGUCAGUCCUUCGUCGCUUUGAUCCAUGGUUUUGUCAUACUUCUGGUAUCCGAUGAUCAAGGAGAUAUACUAUACCUUUUGUUCUCUUAUCUUCCCGACGGGAUAGCAUAUAAUGCCUGUAAAUUUUAUGAGGGUGUUCUUUUAGUCAUAUUCCCUUGAUACAAAAUUUGACAGGUCCAGGAAUUAUUUAUAUCCAGAUACCAUUUUCUUCACUAAAUGUGAUCUUUACCUUGGUAUCUAUAGCACAUGUAACUCUUGACAUGUUUGUUAACAAUGAGAAUUUUUGGGGCUCUUGUUGAUUAACAUUUUUCCUGAUUCUGCUUAUUUAUUAAAAACAAAUCUACUGCUGUCAAAGAUGAACGAAAUGAAUGAAUGCUUGCAUCAUUUCUGUGAAA